AAUUUGCUUGUGUGACUUUCUUUUUUUUUCUAUUUUUCUCGCAUGGUUCAUCCCACCAAACAAAAUCUUUUUUUUUUUCUUACCCUUUUUACUUUUUUUUCCAAAUGACUACACCAAGUGCUCGAUUCGGCGAAUUACCCAGUCUGGAAUUACCAGCCUGCCUCGACUUUCUCAAGCUCAAGUCUUUCCCUCUUAAAGUAUUCCCUGCCGUCAACGAACCAGAAAGACCCGUCGACGACACCUUGUUUAUUUAUGGCCCUGGUUACCGAAACAGCGAAGCCAGUUUUGACGUCGACUGUCUGAUUAUUCAGAUGUAUCUCGCCUUUUGUGGUAUCGAACAUAAAGUUUACAACAUCAAUGCACCAGAGGCUUCACCUUCUGGCCAGCUUCCAUUUUUGGCAACCGUAUCAGGGGCCAUUUACGAUAGUCCUCAAACCAUCAAUUGGGUGAAAGAAACAAGAAAAUUGGAAAAAGAAUCUGACAACGAACAAGCAAAGGCAUUCAUUGCGCUCGUACAAAACAAAUUGAAAUCUGCAUUGUUAUUCUCCAUGUGGAUGGAGCCUUUGAAUGCAACAGAAAUUACACACAAGGCUUACUUUGGACACGUGGCAUCACCGGUGAAUAAAGUGUUGGCUUUCCAAAAGCAAAACCAGGUGGUGCAGUCCUUAUUGACCGAUAGAGACAUUCUUGUCCGCGAAGAAAUCUAUCAAGAUGCUGCUCAAACCUUGGAAGCGCUCUCUGUCAAACUGGGCGACCAGCCCUACUUUUUUAAUGCCAGCGAACCUACUUUUGUAGAUGCCGUCAUCUUUUCUCAUCUUCACUGUAUCUUGAGCAUGCCCAAGAUCGUGGAUGGUCAAUUCACAGAGGAAGAAAAGCGUCAAGCAUCCACAUUGAGCAAAUUAGUGCGCAAGCAUGACAACUUGGUCAGAUACGCAAAGACUAUUUUUGAUGGAUAUAUUCGACAAACCAAAUAAAACC